CGAUUAUCUCCCUUGUGUCUGGCAUGAAAAAGGCUGAACCGCAAGCUCCGUGAGCAGAUCUCAUGAGCACAGCAUUGCGUCCUGAUCGGGAGCCAGUGAUCCUGCUGACUCAUGCUCUGAUUAGUGAUCCAAUGAUAAUUACGAGUUCGGCACCAUCCCCCCCGCUUUCUCUGCCGUCCAGUGUUCGCUUCAAAGCUCUUUUGUCCGACACACCCCAUACCCCAGCGCACAAAACCUUCGAUCUAAUGGGAAAGGAAAAGGAGGACAGACCAAAGAAGAAGCCGGGUCGCGUGUGCGUGCAGAAACAUCUCUGACGGAUUCCUGAACGGGGUCGCUCAUUCCCUCGCGUAGUCCGACUUCAUGCGCUGAAUGUCGUCGUCUGAAACUUCGUUGCGACAGAUCCGUGCGUCAACGAGACUUGGCUGAGCUGACGUGAAGUGAACUCGUGUGAUAGAUCCCUUGUGGAAAAUGUGUCUCGCGGUAUGAGGUUGACGGAAUGCUGUGGGUCUGCGGCUGACACGAAGGAACUUGCAGAGGGUGUGGAUCUAUAUGUCCUGAUGGCCAACUCUCCUCCGGUACGCCUUCCAUCGCGCCUUCUCCAAGUGCAGCUUUUCGAAUUCGAGCAUCUAGGCAAAGGGAACCGAAUGAUCCUCGCGAACACAGAAGACUUGCACAACCGUAUUGCGACGCUCUGCGCUCGCAUCCGUGACCUUGAAGAUGCACUCCGGACCUUCCAAGAGUCCGUAUCGACCCACCCACAUCCCCUCCUGCGAGAAGAUCUGCUCGGCCUCAAAACCCAGACUCCGCCCCGACCCAAUCCAUCCGCCUCGCCGACCUUAAGCUGCGAUCAGUCUUCGUCGUCUCCCCGUGUGUCGGACGAGGGCUCGGACGCUCGGACGUCGCCGGAGGCAGACGGAGCCUUAGUUGACGCAUUUGGCAUGUUAACGAUCGGACCGCAUGGCGAGGCGAACUUCCUAGGACAAACAGCCCGCUCAGAGCAUCUCUUACGUGCCCUGUCCAAAUCCGAAGCCCCUCUUCCCAUCAUCCCUCGCAGGCUAUCAAAGCGUAUCGUCUCACUCGCUUUCCCGGAUUUGGAGAAAAUGGAUCUCAGUCUCGGGCGUGAGAUAUACGGCCAUCUGCCUCCGCUGUCCGAAGCGAUAGAACUGUGCGACAUGUAUGUGACUCAUGCAACAUACUUAAACAUUUCGCUGCCGCGAACGGAGCUGAUCGAUGAUGUCUUGGAGACAGUGUAUCGCGCGGGAGCUUUCGAAAAUCUGCACAACCCGCACAAUCUCUCCCUGCUUUUCGCUGUCUUCGCCAUCGCGCUCGUCCUGGACCCUGUCAAGAAUCCGUGGAGCAUCGAAGCACGAGAGUGUUAUCAUCUCGCAAGGGCUGUUCUCGCUAUCGUGUCGCCGUUGAAAGAGACGACACUAGCGGCUAUCCAGGCUCUGCUGCAUCUCGCAUCGUACCUGGAGCUUAGUGACUGGGAAGCGACGGGUCCCAAUCAGGGCUGGCUGCAUGUGGGGAUGGCCGUGCGUCUCGCAUACGGGAUCGGCUUACACCUGAACAGCAAGCGAUGGAAAUUGUGCGAUUCGGAAUCGAAGAGACGUCAUCGGUUGUUCUGGCAACUCUUUGUACAGGACACAUGGAUUAGCGCUUCCCUGGGCCGACCGCCGACUGUCUCGGUGAUACACACGGAUUGUCCGUAUCCGGACGAUGAAGUCAUUGGCCCAGACGGAGUGAAGGAAAUGAGCUAUCUGACAUGGGUCUCGAAAUACUCAUUGCUCAUGCAUGAUGUGAUAGGGGCAUCCCUUCCCAAUAAACCUUACAAUGCGAUUUUGGCUUUGGAUCGUCGCGUCCGCGACUUCUAUGUCCCGCCGUCUCUGCGGCCCGUGUGUGGGGCACCUCCGCCCGUCGACCGCGGAAAGCACAUGAUCCAGUUGCUGUGUUUAAUCAUCAAGGAGAGCACCCUCCUGAAUCUGCACCGGCCGUACUUUACUCAGGCGCUGCACGACCAGCCCGAGGACCUGGCUACUCAUCGAUACAUUCCCUCUGUCAUGGCGACGUAUCGAUCUGCGUGGCGGCUCAUUCGCCUUGCUUCAAUAUGGAGAGAUCAAGGGCCAGCGGUGUCUCGCAUCGGGUGUGCCUGGUCUCCUGCGGUGUCAGCUGCGCUUGUCAUGUGUGUGUUAGUGAUCCGCGCCCCAUCGUCUAAGAUGACGGCGUCGGCCCUGGAAGAGCUGGAAGUCGUGUCGCAGCUGUUCCAAGACGCAGCUUCUAACAGCCGAUUUGCCCAGUGCAUGAAUGGAGCCGUUAUGAUGCUGAACCACAAAGCACAAGCAGCCGUCGCCAAAAACCCGGAUAUCGUUCCACCCCAGGCAUGCAUAGUCACGCCUGCCGAUCUGGAUCGUCUGGGUGGGCGGACGCACCUGGUGACCCCUACGCCAGCUCCCCCGGCCGACUUCAACGACUGGAGGACGGAACAAGUCGACCCGACUGACUUGUCUGCUGAAGCCACAAGCGAGCGCUCGCAGAUGCACCCGACCAGUGCGCAGGACAUGGACAGCUUCGAUGUGGGGGAGCCGUCUCAGUUCUACGUGAGCGAUGUAGACAUGGCCUCUGCAAUGGCCGGAACGGACUAUGGACUUCUGCCCGAGUUUGCCGACUUCGCGACGACUUCGCCCCCAUUGGAUGUAACGUGGCAGAGUCUUGUUGAAGAGCUGGGAUUCUGAGACGAACUGUUUGUUUAUCUUGUAGAAGGGUAACAUAAUAGAUAUUUCCAAAUCAGGAAAGCGGAGGACUUGCACGUGACUACGAUUCGCAAAUCUUCCGUGUACUUUCUACCCCUUUUGUACCGGUGUCGGGCGGUGGAAGGGACCAGUCACACAACAGGUUUCAAGUCAGAAU